AAAAAUGAGGGGCGUGAGCCCCAGUACAGAUUUAUGUCUUGCCACGCCCCUGCCUGACGCAUUUAAUUUCUCAAGAUUCGCUCAGUUGUGAUCAGAUAAAUUGUUUACCUGAUCUGACUGAACUUCUCUUAUAUUGAUAUGUGCAAGAUGCUGGAGUUAGCAGUUUUCCUCCUCUGUUUGCUGCCUAUGACAUCUGGGGGUCUUGCGGAUAAAGUACUGCUGUUUCCACAGAAGACUGAUGAUAGCUAUGUUAAAAUCACUCCAGAAAAACCCCUAAACCUCACAGCUUUCACUCUAUGCAUGCGUGUCGCCACAGAGCUGCAAGGAGCAAGAGAGGUCAUUCUCUUUGCCUACCGUACGCCUGAUUUGGGUGAUCUUAGUGUUUGGAUGGAAAGAGACAAAUCCAUAAGCGUGCAUAUUAGUCCUCAUUAUUAUAAAUUGCGUUUUAACUUGCCUACUCUUCUCUCCACCUUUCGAUCACACCUGUGCCUCACCUGGAGGUCAUCGACCGGUCUCACUGCCGUUUGGAUGAAUGGACAACGCAGUAUUAACCAGAUACACAAAAUAGGUCUCACCGUCGGUCCCGGUGGCGCCGUGGUGCUCGGUCAGAAUCCUAAUUCAUUUUUGGGUGAUUUUUGGGCCGAUCAGAGCUUUGUAGGUGAAAUUACAGAUGUGAACUUGUGGGAUGAGGUUCUCACUGCGAAAGAGAUUGAGGGAGUAAAUGCAAAUUCAGCAACAGUAAAAGUGCCAAAUGUAAUUAAUUGGCGCACAGCUGAAUAUGAAAUACACGGCAAUGUGAAAUUGGUGGAUAUUUGAUUUCACACACAGAUUUAUUUCAUCUGUUUUAAGUCUGUUCAUCAUAUACAUUCAUAUGAUUUAACCAAUAAAUCUUUCUGAGCAUUA